UCUCCCAGCUCUGUUUGGAGGAGAGGGUGUAGAAGGUCUGCUGCAACUGCACUCCCCCGAGGUUUCUUGGGCAGGUGUGUGGUAAAAAUGGUGCAGAAAUACCAGUCCCCAGUGCGAGUCUACAAAUACCCUUUUGAGCUCGUCAUGGCAGCCUAUGAGAAGCGCUUUCCUACGUGCCCAGAGAUCCCAGUCUUCCUGGGGAGUGAAAUCCUGCACGAAUCCAGGAGUGAGGACGGAGCCAUCCAUGUGAUUGAGCGGAGCUGCAAGCUCAAUGUGGACGCACCAAGGCUGCUGAAGAAGAUUGCAGGGGUAGAGUAUGUCUUCUUCAUCCAGAAGAACACUGUGAACUGGAGAGAGAGAACCCUCCGCAUCGAAGCCCACAAUGAGACCUUUGCCAACCGUGUGGUGGUCAGGGAGACCUGCAGCUACUCAGUUCACCCUGAGAAUGAGGAGUGGACGUGCUUUGAGCAGUCGGCGUCUCUUGACAUCAAAUCCUUUUUUGGCUUUGAAAGCACAGUGGAAAAAAUCGCCAUGAAGCAGUACACCUCCAACAUCAAACGGGGCAAGGAGGUGAUUGAGCACUACCUGAAGGAGCUGAUCUCCCAAGGGAUCACGUUCAUCCCGCGCUGGAGCCCKCCCGCAACCAAGGACGAGCAAGCCCCGGCUGUGGGACGUGACCCUGGUGACAUCCUGCUGGAUUCUGGGGCUCCUGGCACCAGCAGGGAGCAGGCUGCCAGCCCCUGCCCUCCCCCAGAAGCUGCUAGCCCKGACGCUGAUAAACUGGACACCGACUACAUCGAGCGCUACCUGGGCCAGCUCACCCCGAUGCAGGAGAGCUGCCUGAUCCGCCUGCGCCAGUGGCUCCAGGAGACUCACAAGGGAAAGAUCCCCAAGGAUGAGCACAUCCUGCGGUUCCUGCGUGCCCGUGACUUCAACAUCGACAAAGCACGGGAGAUGCUGUGCCAGUCGCUGUCCUGGCGCAAGCAGUACCAGGUGGAUCUCAUCCUGCAGUCCUGGAGACCCCCGGCCCUGCUGGAGGAGUACUACACUGGGGGGUGGCACUACCAGGACAAAGAUGGGCGGCCACUCUACAUCCUCCGCCUUGGCCAGAUGGACACCAAGGGUUUGGUGAAGGCCCUGGGAGAGGAAUCCCUGCUGCGACACGUUCUGUCCAUUAACGAGGAAGGACAGAAGAGAUGUGAGGAAAACACCAACAUCUUUGGCCGCCCCAUCACCUCCUGGACAUGCCUGGUGGACUUAGAAGGGCUCAAUAUGAGGCACCUUUGGCGGCCUGGGGUGAAGGCCCUGCUCAGGAUCAUUGAGGUGGUGGAGGACAACUACCCCGAAACCCUGGGGAGGCUCCUGAUUGUGAGAGCACCACGGGUCUUCCCCGUGCUCUGGACCCUGGUCAGUCCCUUUAUCAAUGAGAACACGCGGCAGAAGUUCCUCAUUUACAGYGGCAAUAACUACCAGGGCUCAGGGGGGCUGGUGGACUAUGUGGACAAGGAYGUGAUCCCAGAUUUCCUGGGAGGAGACUGCAUGUGCACAGUCCCUGAAGGGGGGCUUGUCCCCAAGGCCCUCUACCAAACUGAGGACGAGCCCGAGAACACGGAUCACAUCCGCCUGUGGACAGAAACCAUCUACCACUCUGCCAGUGUCCUCAAAGGAGCCCCACAUGAGAUAUUUGUAGAGAUCCUGGAAGGGGAAUCUGUCAUCACCUGGGACUUCGACAUCCUGAAGGGAGAUGUGGUGUUCAGCCUCUUUCACUCCAAGCGAGCUCCCGAGCAGAGUCACAAAGAAGCCAUGUCCCCAAGUGCCUCUGCAGCRGGGGACAACGUGCAGCUCAUCGACAAGACCUGGGUGCUGGGGGUGGAUUACAGCCGGGUGGAGUCUCCUCUGGUCUGCAGAGAAGGAGAGAGCAUCCAGGGCUCCCAUGUCACACGCUGGCCUGGCUUUUACAUCCUGCAGUGGAGGAUGCACGGGCCCCUGCCCUGCUCCAGCUCCAGCCUCCCCCGUGUGGAUGAUGUCCUGGCCUCCCUGCAGGGCUCCAGCCACAAGUGCAAGCUCAUCUACUACUAYGAGGUGCUGGCCUCCAAGGACUUCAGGGGAUCCAUGUCAAGCCUGGAAUCUUGCAACAGCGGCUUUUCCCAGCUGAGUGGAGUCACCACAUCUUCCAGCCAGUCCCAAAGCAGCUCCCACCUUUCCAGAUAGCAGAGCCAAGGCUGCAGCAGCAGGGAAAGACCCCCGGGGCUGCUCCAGCCUUGAACCAAAGAGCYCCAGGGCUGAGCCGUGGGGCAGUCGCAGCCAUUUGGACACAGAGAGGCCUCUGSGAGCUGCUUCCACCCCAAAAACUGAAAUUCCAAAGGCAGGUUUAGGAGUUGUAGGUCAGCUGCCUGCUUCUCACUAGUCUCCWUCACCACCUGUGGAUUUUGGAUGCCUGUGAGUUUGCAGGAAUCUGUUCUCACUCCACUCCAAAGGGCUCUUCUCAUYGGUCCUUUUCCCACAGAGGCUGAUGUUGCCUUACCUGUUGGACCUUUAGAUAAUUCCUGGUAGCAGAACUGAUGGAAUUUCCUGGGUGCCCACAGGGUACUGGCUCCAGACAUGUGGGCAUCCCAGGGCCAGGGCCUUGGAAGGAGCUGCCAACACCUGGGUACAGGUAGGACGAUUCAGAAAUUGCUUCCAGGCCAAACCAAAAACCUCACCUGGUCUGGCAGGAUGAUCUGGGAAAUGUGUUAGAUUUUUUUUGACCCAGCUGAGAAACAAGGUCAAAAUUGUUUCAUUUAGAAAUUCCAGGCAUUGGAUCUGCCUCCAGUGAGUGGCAUCUUCCAAACUGUUCCUUUUUUACUCAGGUUUACAGCAAUAAUGAGUAGGUCUGUCCCAUUCCUGAKUGGAUGGGAAUUGAAUCCAAUUCUAAAGGGCUAAGAAAAGCAAUAUUUGUUUUCCUGAAGGCACAAGAUUUUCUGGCAGUAUUACAGAACUUGCUUCUUUAAAACAUGAGCUCACUUGAAACCUUUCAGAGGGGCAUGUAUGUAUGUAAGCACUUAGUGAAGCCUAUUUAUUCUAUAGUAGCUUAUUUUAAAUUAAUUUUUAACUUAUUUAUAAUGUCAGAAAUGACUAUUUAUUAAAUACAGUCACCUUUUUUUAAUGGGAUGAACUUUGUUUUAGAAAGGAAUAACUAAUUGUCUUCAAUCCCAAGAAAUCUUUCUGCUUGGGUCCUSAUCUUUGUGAUCAUUGGAUGUUCUUGCAAAAGGGCUGCAUUCGGGUAAGGGCUGUGUCACCUUCCCUGCAAAGAAAGGUGACAGUCCAGYGCUUUAUUUUGGACUGGUUUUUUAGGAUUAAGAAGCAAGGAUUGAGGCCAGGAGUUGUCAUGAAGAUGCACUGUCUUCCUACACACCAAAAAGGCCAUGUUUGUCCCUAAUCUCUGCUUGUCCCUGUGGUCAGGUUGGGGAGCAGAGUUAUCCAUCUUCUUGUCCAGGUGGCAAUGAGAACAGGUGUCAAAUAUUCAUCAGGUUUUUAUUCAGGAAUCUGUGAAGUUGUUCCUUCCCACCCUGCUGUUUGUAAUCACUGGUUUGAAGCACCAGGUGCUGCCAAAUAUGAAAAGAGCCCAACUAUUUGGAACAAUGGAAGACAAGAACUUGAUGUGGUUUUAAGUUGUUUGGUGGGACUUCUAAGGAUUGGAGCYAAGGGAAUCACUCUCCACCUUGCAUCUCUCCCUGUGAACAGGUAACUUGGUUAUGUAGAGCUCAGGAAAGUUCUGAUUUCCAAAAAUUUCUCAGUUGUUCCACAGAUUUCAACAUUUCUCCCAAACAAAGGAAACUUCUGUCUGUCUCUGGCAUUUCAGCAUACAUGGGGGCUUAUAGAGAGGGACAAWUACACCUUUCCUCUGGAAAAUGAGGAAUGCUGCAAGUGCAUGUGUGUAUCCCUCAUGGAAAAUACUUGACCCAGAAUAAAAUCUGAUGCUCUAAACAAUUUCAGAUUCCCAAAGCCCCAGGAGAAAACCCAGCCCUGUCCCCCUUGUGCUGUUUCAGGGUUUUACCUUCCUUUCUCAUGUGGUUGCUCACGUUCCUACAGUGGCAACAUUCCUGUUCCCUKGGUUUGCUCUGGGUAAGAAUCUCUUCCUUUGCUCUGGAUUUAUUUUAAAUUYUAUUUUGAAAUGUGGGAUAAGCUGUUUUCUGCCCACCAGCAGUUUUGAGUGUUUGACUUUUUCAGUGAAGCACCAGACRUUGGCCCUGGCAGAUCUCUGAAGGGUGAAAUGAAGGACUGGUUCCCCAGAGCAUCCCUGGCUCUGAGAAUAUCCCAAUCCCAGUUUUUCCUUUUGGCAGUACCACUCCUCUGYCCACGAGAGAUCAUGGCAUGGAUCUGGGAAGCAACCUGUGCCCUCUCCUUGGCAAGGUUGCCCGGGUUAUUCCACCUGACAAUUUACUUUGAAACCAAUUUAAAUAAUCCAGUAUUUUUUUUUUCUUUUCUCCCGAAUGUUACAGAAGAAAGGGAGCAACAGCCUGGAUGUUGUGGUUAAUGCUGUGCUUUUUAAACCUGAUUUGGUCAACUGCAGGUGCCAGAGACACAGAAUUCUACAUCACYUUUUCCCCCCUCAAAUGACAUCAGUGUGCUUUAGAAAAUAAACUCAGUUUUCUUCACAGGGAGCUGAGGCUGGGAGGGGUUCUGGAUCCUUGAAAAUUUUCCUAAGCCAGAACCUCGUGAAAUGGCUUCAUUUUGGGUGGUGAAGCCAAGCCCUCCCAGCUCCCUGCCCAGCCAGGGGGUUCAGGCUGAGUGCAGGGAAGGAGCUGCUGAUUAAAAACGGGCUCCCAGUGAAUUGGGCUCUCUCCCYGUUCCAGAUCUCCCAUAUGCAAACACAACACCUACCUCAGAGCCGGUGCCAUGUCCCAUGGGUGGCAGGGGAGUGCUGGAUGCUGAGCUGCAGGGCCCAAGGGCUGUGCCCCAGUUCAUUAAACAGGGCCARGUGGGAAACCUUCACUGCCACUGARUUCUCCAGGUCUGUCCUAUUCCCUGGGCUCUGUCCCAGGGCUGGGAAGGCAAACACGGAGCAUGAGGAUGAAUGGCUGACCUCAGCUGUUGUUCAGGGCACAGUCCUGAGCCGUUUUUUUGCUGCCUCUCUGGUGUGCAAAGGGCUUUUCCCGGCUGAAGGAGAAGGGCUGAGUCCCCGGGACAGCAGGGCAGCUCCAGCCCGGCAGGGCGCAGGGACAGCGGUGCCUCGGUGUCACCGCUGCCGGGUGCCAAGAGACGAGCUGAGCCCGCCCUGGGGCUCUCAUGCUCCGCAGGGAGGCACCCGAGCAGCUCGGUCAUUCCACAGCUCCUGUCCUCGCUGCUGGGAACAGAAUUCCCAACUAACCAGGUGGGGGAAUCUGGAGUGACUGAGCUUCAGCCAGGUUCCUGUGCUCAGCCAGUUCAGUUCUGUUUGUUCCCCUUCAGGAACUUUGAAUAACAAUUUAUAAUCCCAGCUUGGUUUAUUAUCAAAAGCUUUUGAAAAUGCCAUAAUCCACUCGGAAUUCCCAGCAGGAAGUGGUGAGCCCAGCUGUCCACCCYGCUGGGCUGGGAAGCUGCAGGGGCUAAAGCGAGCUGUGCUCCAGGCAGGGAAUCCCUCAUUUCAAAAGGCAUUUUAUGGGCUCACRCUGCUUUAAUAUCCCAAAUGUUUGUACUGUGAGCAAUUAAUGCAAGGAACAGCUAUCAGAGACUUAAUUGACAGCAGCUGUCAGAGAUCCCCGCAUGCAAUUAGCUUUAAUAUUCCUCCAACACCUUUGUGAUGCUCCUUGCACCUGAUUAUUUCUCUCUUGGAAGGUGAAAUGGGAGUCAAAUCACAUUUGCUGGCUUUUAAUGACACCRACACCUACUUCCAAGCUUUCAGUUACACCUAAGUUAAAUGGGCAUUAAUUAAUUUUUUGAAUAAGCACUAACUUUCCCUCCCGUGCAGCUGGCUUUGGUUUUAUACACUGAAAUCUUCAUUUUUUUUCAGCCAAGACCCCCAAACCUCUUGUAAGAGCCCUCUGAAAACCACAGGGCACUGUAACAACAAAUGUACUCCAGUGAUGGUAUCUGUGGGUCCUGGCAGAGCUGUACUUUUGGGUAUGUUGGAAAUAAAACAUCUCUGAGAACACAGGGAAGUGUUUGAUUCAAUUGUUCAGAUUGGGGGGGAAAUCAAAAUUCAAGUCUGUCUGCUGCUCUCUUUGCCCCCAGAAGCAGAGGUAAGGCUUGUAUUCACUUUUCCCUGCUUUUCAACUGAAAUGUUUCAGCUUUUUCCUACAGAACCAGCAUUU